GAGAGCGCGGGGAGGGGGGGUAGGAAGCUAGGGUUAGCGGCAACCGGCGAGGCUAGGAGCCCGAGCGUGGUCGGUUGGAGCAAAUAUGUCUGUCCGGAGGCACAUUGGGAACCCUGAGUAUCUGACCAAAAGGAUACCACGGAACCCAAAGUACCAACAUGUCAAGACAAGACUGGACACUGGAAACAGUAUGACUAAGUACAUUGAGAAGCUAGAAGAAAUCAAAAAAAAUUAUAGAUACAAAAAAGAUGAACUUUUCAAGAGACUUAAAGUUACAACUUUUGCCCAGCUGGUCAUCCAAGUUGCCUCCCUAUCUGAUCAAACACUGGAAGUGACAGCUGAGGAGAUUCAAAGGCUAGAAGACAACGACUCUGCAACUCCAGAACCUGACGCAGAAAUCGCAGCCAGGACCAACGGGAAAGAGAGCCCCGGGGAGCAGGCACCGAGCCCUGUCCAGUUCAUCAACAGCUCAAGUGUUGGGGACUCCGGCCGCUCCACCCUUCAGAGCGUCAUCAGUGGCGUUGGGGAGCUGGACUUGGACAAAGGGCUGGUGAAGAAAGAGGAACCCAAUGCCAAGGACAGACCCUACCCGGACUGCCCCUUCCUGCUGCUGGACGUGCGGGACAGAGACUCCUACCAGCUGUGCCACAUCGUUGGUGCUUACAGUUACCCAAUUGCGACUCUCUCUAGAACAAUGAAUCCUUACUCAAAUGAUAUUCUUGAAUACAAAAAUGCCCACGGCAAGAUCAUCAUUCUCUAUGACGAUGACGAGAGGCUGGCCAGCCAGGCGGCUACCACCAUGUGCGAGCGGGGCUUUGAGAACCUCUUCAUGCUUUCCGGAGGUCUGAAAGUCUUAGCUCAGAAGUUUCCAGAAGGACUGAUCACGGGUUCCUUGCCGGUGUCCUGCCUGCAGACCCACCCUCCUGGCUCUGCCCGGAAGAGAGCCAGCCCCAAAGUACCUCCUCUCCCCGCCGAGAAUAAGUGGAGAUUCACCCCUGAAGAUUUAAAGAAGAUCGAGUAUUACCUGGAAGAGGGCCUGGGGCUCACGGACAAUCCCAGCCGGCUGAGCCACACCAGCACCCAUGGGAGAGACACGAAGGGGCCAGGCUCCCGCUGUAGUCAGAGCCUGUCCUCCAGCGGCUCCGGUGCCCGGUCGCUGGGCAGUGGCCACCUGCAAGGCAAGCCGUGGAAGUAGAGACCACGCCUGUCCGGGUCGAAUAAACGCCUGUCGCCUUUUGGAACCCCACCUCCCCGCCAUCCCCCAAGUCGGUCAUUUGUGGGAGCUGCCGCGGAGGGGGAGACCCCGGCCUCACCACGGGCCCCCGCUGCCCGCCUCCCUGUGGCCUCCUGCGCCGCGUGCAGCGUGGGGAAGGAUCUUCACUGAAACCACAGACGCGACGGGCUCGAGUGUCCGCCCCAUGUGUGCAGCAUCUCCG